GUUUUCUAGUUCCGGUUUCGGGGCCGCGUUCGGGGCUAGAGCGCCUCUCCGCCGCCGCAGUUGCCCACCGCCGGCGGCUUCUAUUUCCGGGUGCGGCUCCUGUCCUAAAGCGGAGACCUCCCGUCCAACGUGGCGUCGUGGGUCCUUCGCGCCUCGCCUGGGGCCGGCUUUUGAGCCCUCGCGAUUGGAAGCCCCCGAUCCGCAGCUUCCACGACUGCAGCUGGAGAGGACAGACCUCCUGGCCCCUGCCUCUCCCCCAUGGUCACGCUCUGCCCUGUGAGGUGCAGCAUUUGCAAGUCACCCCUUCCCUACACGGCACUUCCACCCACGUCCUGCCUUAACUUCCUUCUUCCUUGAGACCCGUCCCCUCCGCCUCCAGAAGUGGUCUUUUCUCUACCAGUAACUGUAAAAAUUGAGAAUUAGGAGUUUCGGAUAUCCUGCAGAAAGAUUACUUUUAAGACUGAGUGCCCAUUGGAUACCCCAAACAAGUUCAUGCUUACUAGGGGCAAAGUGAAACCCAGUGCACGCGGGAAACUAUGGCUGAGCACGGGGCUCACAUCACAGCUGCUUCUGGGGUGGAUGACCAGCCAUCCAUCUUUGAGGUGGUAGCACAGGACAGUUUAAUGACAGCAGUGAGACCUGCUCUUCAGCAUGUGGUCAAGGUUCUUGCAGAAUCAAACCCUGCUCACUACGGCUUCUUUUGGAGGUGGUUUGAUGAAAUCUUUGCCCUGCUGGAUCUUCUGCUCCAGCAGCAUUAUCUGUCUAAAACCAGUGCCUCAUUUUCUGAAAACUUUUACGGCUUAAAGCGGAUUGUCACGGGGGACACACACAAGCUUCAGAGACUGGCCAGUGCUGGUCUCCCAAAGAAGCAGCUCUGGAAGUCCAUUAUGUUCCUGGUUCUUCUUCCCUAUCUGAAAGUGAAGCUGGAGAAGCUGGUUUCUAGCCUGAGAGAAGAGGAUGAAUAUUCUAUCCAUCCCCCUUCUUCCCGCUGGAAACAGUUUUACAGAGCCUUCCUGGCAGCCUACCCAUUUGUUAACAUGGCCUGGGAAGGCUGGUUUCUUGUACAACAACUUCGAUACAUCCUAGGAAAAGCUCAGCAUCACUCACCUCUACUUAGUCUGGCUGGAGUUCGGCUGGGUCGACUUACAGUUCAGGAUAUACAAGCCCUGGAGCACAGAGCAGCUGAAGCCAGCAUGAUGCAGCAACCAGCCAGGAGUAUUAGUGAGAAGAUCAAGUCAACUCUGAAAAAAGCUGUGGGGGGUGUUGCCUUAUCCCUCUCUACUGGCCUGUCUGUCGGUGUAUUCUUCCUGCAAUUCCUUGAGUGGUGGUACUCAUCUGAAAAUCAAGAAACCAUCAAAUCACUGACUGCCCUGCCUACUCCACCACCACCUGUACACCUAGACUACAAUUCUGAUUCUCCCCUGUUACCCAAAAUGAAGACUGUGUGCCCAUUGUGUCGUAAAACCCGGGUGAAUGAUACUGUUCUUGCCACCUCUGGCUAUGUGUUUUGCUAUCGCUGUGUGUUUAGUUAUGUGAGGACUCACCAGGCUUGUCCCAUCACAGGUUAUCCAACAGAAGUACAACAUCUAAUUAAACUGUACUCCCCUGACAACUGAAAGGGAUUAGCAUCUUACCUCGCAGGAAAAUCAUUGCCCAGAAGGCCACAGGGCUGUUUUUCAGCAUGGUACACGGUGUUAUUUGGUACUUCUUAGCCUCAAUUCAUAAUUAUAUGAAUUUUUAAAAAUUACAUGGAUUUCUUUAAAAGGAUAUACCCAUGGAUUUAACCUUCUAACCUGCUCUCAGGGCCCCAAUUUAAAGUUAACCAAGCUGAUUAGAGUAAGAGAAUUGAGGGUCAGUAUAGAAGUGGAUAAAAGAGGAUAAUCAGUACAGAAGCUUUUCCUUAAACAACAAAGAGGUAUAGAAGCUCUCAGGAAAAACCCAUGUUAGACCUCAAAGUGGGUGGUGAAGGGGAAGCAGACCUUGUAUUUAGAAAAGUUUUCAUUUGCCUAUGAGGAAGAGGUUUUAUCAGUUUACAAUGUGAAAAGUGGGCUUACUCUUGAAAAACAAUAGCUCCUUCUAUAUACUGUGACCCAUUUGUUAGGUAAUGUCUGCUGUAAUUUAUCAACUUUUAAAGAUUUCUUUAUGAGUCUUUCUUGGGAAACUGGUUAAAGGAAAAUUAAGGUGAAGUGUAUAUAUAGAUUUUGGUGAGAAAGCAAAGCUAAUAAGCAAUGAAGAGAUGAAGUAAAGCCUAGGUGGUAUGGCUCAGUGGUUGAGCAUCAACACAUGCACCAAGAGGUCACCGGUUCAAUUCCCAGUCAGGGCACAUGCCUGGGUUGUAGGCUCAAGUCCCCAGUAAGGGGCAUGCAGCAAGCAACCAAUCUCUUUUAUCAAUGUUUCUAUCUCUCCCUCUGCCUUCCUCUCUCUAAA